AUGAGUUUCAGUAGAGUAGGUAGUGGAAUCCAUAAGCACUGCGUCACCUUAAUUACUGGCGCGUCUAAUAAAUAGUUCCACCCCACCACGUACACCGACACACACAUUACAACGCAAGCUGCGUUACCUCACACUUAAUUGCUAAUGGCACCGUUCCUCUACUACUCCCUCCUCUUCCUCGCUUUCACCCUCACUAUUAAGAUUUUGCUCCAAGCCCAAUCAAGAAGGCCCAAAAACCUCCCCCCGGGCCCACCGCCCUUCCCGCUCAUCGGAAACCUCCACCGCCUGAAGCCGCCCAUCCACCGCAGCAUCUCCGCGCUCUGCCGGACCUACGGCGACAUCGUCUCGCUCUGGUUCGGCUCCCGCCUCGUCGUGGUGGUGUCGUCGCCGUCGCUGGUGCAAGAAUGCUUCGGGAGAAACGACGUCGUGCUGGCGAACCGGCCGAGGUUCCUGGCGGGGAAGUACAUCUUCUACAAUAGGUCGGCCUCCUACGGCGACCACUGGCGCAACCUCCGCCGCAUCACCACCAUCGACGUGCUCUCCACGCACCGCCUCAACUCGUUUGUCGGGAUUCGCAGGGACGAGGCGAGGAGGCUGGUUGCGAGGCUGGGACAGGACGCCACGUGUCGCGAGGGCGAGGCGCUUAAGAAGGUAGCGCUGAGGCCGAGGCUGACGGAGAUGACGUUCAACGCCAUGAUGCGGAUGAUUUCCGGGAAGAGGUAUUACGGCGAUGACUGCGACGUGACGGACGCUGAAGAAGCCAAGCAGUUCAGGGAGAUCAUAUCGGAGAUGCUGUCGCUGUUAGGUGCCAACAACAAGGGUGAUUUCUUGCCUCUUCUCAGGUUGUUUGAUUUUGAUGAUUUGGAGAAGAGGCUGAAGAGGAUUGCGAAGAGAGCUGAUGCGUUCUUGCAGAGUCUGAUUGAGGAGCAUCGCAGUGGGAAGCACGGGAAUGCUGACACCAUGAUUGAUCAUCUCUUGAAACUGGGAGAGUCGCAGCCUGAGUACUAUUCGGAUCAUAUGAUCAAAGGUCUUAUCCAGGCUAUGCUUCUUGCUGGAACAGAUACAUCAGCUGUGACCAUAGAGUGGGUGAUGUCUGAAUUAUUGAACAACCCCGAAGUAUUAAAGAAAGCAAAGGAUGAAAUAGACACACAAAUUGGAAAGGACCGAUUGGUAGAAGAACAAGAUCUAUCAAAACUUCCAUACCUUCAAAACAUAAUUUCCGAGACACUUCGAUUGCAUCCUCCAGCUCCAUUACUAUUGCCACAUGAAUCUUCAGAGGAUUGUACCAUUGGAGGAUACCAUAUUCCACGAAACACUAUAGUCUUGACUAAUGCGUGGCUCAUUCAUAGUGAUCCUAAACUUUGGAGUGACCCCAUGAGCUUUAUGCCCGAGAGAUUUGAAAAAGAAGGGGAAGUGAACAAGUUAAUUACAUUUGGGCUAGGGCGUAGGGCUUGCCCCGGAUUGGGCCUGGCCCAACGUACGGUGGGCUUCACAAUGGCACUAUUGAUCCAAUGCUUCGAAUGGGAACGAGAAAGUGAGGAAAAACUUGACAUGAUGGAGGACAAAGGGAUUACCAUGCCGAAGCUAAUUCCGUUACAAGCCAUGGCCAAAUCACGACCUAUCGUCAAUGACGUCAUGAAGUAAUUAAUUAGUAUUUUGCAGUAAUUGUAGUGAUGUGUGAUGACAAAAUAAAUAUGCAUUUUCAAUGCUUAAGGGACGUGAAUAAUGUGUAUUCUAGAGUAAAAUAAAAUGUUGAAUAACGAUCAUGUAAUGAUUAACAAUUAACGGAUGGUUAGUGUAUACAAAUUAGCUCCUCUUAAAUUUAUAUUUUGUAGUUGAUAUUUA